AUGUCCCGCCAUGGACACCGCCAUUCUCGGAUCAGCAGGAUCAUAAAUGCAAAGCAUCGACAGGAGCAAGAAGAUAGCGAAGCGGGCAAUUCGGACGACACAGAUCAUUCCCCGGAUAGUGACGAAACCCUUUCAACACUUGAUCCGUGUGAUCCGUUGCAGAGUACGACUUGUCCAGACGAUACAUCGGAAGAAUCGCUCAUCAAGCGACAAGCUGAUACAGACGACGAGGCGGAUGCGAUAACCAUUGUUCAAACCGUUUUGCAAAUCACUGAUCCUAGCUCUCAAACUCUCUGGCAAUCGUCUGGAGUCGACUUUCCGAUGACAAUCUCAGCUUCGGCUUUCGGUGAAUUGACAAUUUCAGAGGGUUCUGCAACGACCAGUUCCUUGUUGGCGACAUCACCUGCUGAUCUACCCACUACAUCGAUUACAUCUUCCGCUACUCAAUACACUGGCACAAGCAAGCAGCGAGGACCCGUUUCGUCUCCCCGGGUAUCCCCUGCGACAAGUUCUCAGCCUCAGCCUCAUACUUCGACGCCGCUAGUUUCUUUUGCAAGCACCACUAGGGCUCCUACGACUGCGCCAAUCACAACUUCCAUUUAUGUUCCGUCGUCCAGUUCAUCUUCUACCUCAUAUUACUGGUCGGAGACAUCCCAAUCGCCUUCCUCAUCUUCAGAUAUAUAUGGAGGACCUGAGCAAACCGGCACCACCAGUGGAUCAGGCAGUGGAUCGGGCUCAUCAACAAGUACCGGGUCCUCAGGCUCAGGGCCUGCCAUCGACCCGACCACAUCUAAAAUCGUGGGCGGUGUCGUAGGCAGUGUUGCAGGUCUGGCGUUCAUCCUGGUAUUCGUCCUCUACGCCCUUCGUCGACGGGGUUAUCUCCAACGCUUCUUCAAAGGCAGAGGAACAGAAACUCUCCCAUCCAGCGAUGCCAGAGCUGGAGCCGGAGCCGCAGGCACACGGGAAAUCUCCGAAAGAGAAAGACCAUCGAGCGUAUUGACUGCAUCCUAUUUCGCCCCUGCAUUCAUGAAACGCUGGCGUCAAUCAACCAUGACAACCCGAACCGAAAGCACCAUCGAUUCCAGCUCCAGCGAACGCGGAUUCCAAAAGAUAUCCGGUCGCAAGAUCGCGCCCGUUCUCACUCAUGGCGGAGAUGGAUACGGCGGUAGAUUAGAUGGCGAUUCCCCCACCAUCCCUGACUGCUUAAUCGGAUUAUCUCCCCAGUCACCAACCGGCGGGCCUCUCUCUUCACCCUCCUUUCAUGGUCCACCUCCAGCAUCACCGUUUGGUUCUCCAUUAGAUACAAAUUACACUCGGGAAGCGGAUGAAAACUCCUCCCCGGCACGGCCUUCGAAGGUACAACUCCCCGUCUCCAGCUCAGUGCAUUCCGGCAUACCUACUACGGUCAACCCCGCGCAACCGAUUCCGCAGCCUCAAAGUGCGGUACCUGUACAACGACCGGACUCGCUGGGUCGGAGUCUUCCAAGUUUUGAUGGAAGUCGUGGUAGUCGAUUCACGGAAAGUUUAGAUCUGUGA